GAGACCAUCGGCGACGCGUAUAUGGUAGUAGGUGGAGCGCCGGUGCAAGUGAGCGAUCAUGCAGAGCGAGUUGCAGAGCUCGCACUGGCCAUCAUUGCCGAGGCCAGCACGGUUCCUGAUCCUGUUUCUGGCAGGCCGCUGCAGGUCCGCGCCGGCAUGCACUCAGGCCCGGUGGUGGGCGGGUGCGUGGGGGUCAAGAUGCCCCGCUACUGCCUGUUUGGGGACACCGUCAACACCGCGUCGAGGAUGGAGGCCUAUUCACUCCCCGGGAAAAUUCACGUGACACGACAAACUUAUAUCCUUCUGAAAGGUCGCAAUUACAAAUUCACUCAACGAGAGCAGCUCAACAUCAAAGGAAAAGGAGCCAUGGUAACUUACUUCCUGGACAGCGGACCAACGGCCACUGGUCUGCCACCCUUGUCGCCUUCUCGUGCCGUCCAGGUCAUGGAACCUCGAUCUCCCCCGGGUUCCAUACCUGAUGCUGCUGCCAACAGUCCCAGCGCCUCAACGGUGGAAGCAGGACUCAAGAGUUCCUACGCCAGCUUGUUAUCCUUCCCCUCCAUGAUACGCACCAGCUCCGCCGUUCACCCCGCCAUCACGGUGACUAAAUCAGCCGGGUCCGCCUCAAGUUUGACUGGCGAAGGUCAAGGGACUGUCAACUCCCACAGAAGACUGACUCGAAAAUUAUCACCAAAUAUCCCUUUUGACGAAUCGAAUGAAGUCGUAGCCGUGAAUUCCUGUUCGGAUAAGAUUUCGAAUCGGGCUCGGUUACCAGGGAGUGCGAACAGUGACUCGGAAAAGGUAUGCCUCACUAAUAAGCACUCUUGUGAUCUAUCAGUACUGUCAUCGGAAUUCUUUAUACCUAACGACAAUAUGAAUCAAGGGCAAUCUAAAAAUAAUCGAGCCAAGAAAUUUGUAAAUUGCAAAUCAUCCGUCUGUGUUAUUAUUUGAAAGUAUUUAUGUAUGCAGAAUGAUUCGUGCACUGAUAAAUCAUAUACACAAACGACAACAUUUAACGUGAACGGACAUACUAGGGUAUUUUCGUGCAUUUGUGUACCAUGUGAAAACAAGUAUGUUUACAGAGAUCUCACAAAAAAAAAUCUCAAAAAAAUAAUGUGUACCAUGUGAAAACAAGUAUGUUUACAGAGAUCUCAAAAAAAUAAUCAUCCAUAUAAUGUAUGAAGUUGGUUUUUGUGUUCAAUAUUUUCUUGCCAAAGCCAUUAUUUGUCCACUGUGUAUGUCAUUGCUGUCUAGACAUGGUUUGGGUUUUACAGUGACUAUCAGACAAUGAUAUUUGAUUACAAUAGUCUUGGUGAGAGUAACACGAGGAACAAUGUUGCUGCUGUUUCUCGUAACAAACCAGCUAAUAACCGUUUGUGUUCAUGAGUAGUCCCAUUACGUGCGUUGCGUCGGUAAGGCCCGGCGUCCUCUUGAAAGUGGCCAUGAUAUAUUAGCUCUGCAGAUUGGACCAGUGUAGUAAUUGGUAAUUAUAUUGGUCGUUGAAUGAGUGAAUAGCGGUAGUAACUCCCGUGACUUCACCAACAUGUUUUAUUAUGAGUGCAUGUUUUAUUAUAAGUGCAUUUUUUUUUGUUGUGCCAAUCUAACUAAUCGUCGAAUUAAAGUUGCAGAGGCAGAUCUGUAUCAAUUCGUUAGUCUAUGGAAAUCCGAUUCCUUGUUUCUCGUUGGCGCACUCGCGUAAUUAAAUCCCCGUAAAAAAACGCCUAACGCGAGAUUUCUCCGCAAUUUCGAGAGAGAGAGAGAGAGAGAGAGAGA